UGCGCCAUGGCAUUGGGCUUUCCACGUCCUCUGAUAGUGAAAUGAUUACCCAGUUACUUGCUUACACUCCUCCCCAGGAACGAGACGAUACCCCAGACUGGGUCGCAAGAAUUAAGAACCUAAUGAAGGAAGCGCCCACUGCAUACUCUCUGCUCAUAAUGCACAGGGAUGUCAUUUAUGCAGUGCGUGAUCCAUACGGAAAUCGUCCUCUCUGCAUUGGUCGUCUUAUUCCAGCUUCUGAUAUGAAUGGCAAAGAGAAGAAAUCUUCAGAGAGUGCAGGAUGGGUGGUGUCUUCCGAGUCGGGCAACUUUCUCUCUAUUGGCGCAAGGUAAGUUGUAUCCUAUUUAUUAUUUCAUAUUGUUUUUACAUCAUGAGGACAUUUUUCUGCC